ACAUCCACACACCAUUGGCGCCAAUAAAUAUAUUUCAUAACGUCUACGGUAGAAAAUGACUACUAAAAAUAUUUACGUACUUCAGUCAUGAUGAAUGAUUAAACUUUGAGUCCUCACGAGCAGACAAGCAUGAAAUCACAUUAAUUACCUCUUAUUUCCUCUUGUUUAUAAAGUCCACAAAAUUUUGUAGACUAAAAGCAUAAUCUUUUCUGGCAUGAUGUAUAGCUAACUAAAAGAUUACGUGUGCUAUCCUGAUAGCCGUGAGAUAACACUGUUGCUGUGUGCCCUGCAAGCUGUAGUAGGCAGCUAUUGAGCCUAUUGUUAGCCGGCGGCGGCGACAUCCCAGCACAGAUACCGCUCAGUUGAAGGGGACAAACGGACCGUGUUAGACUUAUUGCUGCUGCUCCUUGGCACUGCUAUGGCUGCUUCUGUUGGGUCAGGACUCAAGGAGAAGGUGGCACUCAUUACAGGUGCCACCUCUGGUAUAGGGCGGGAGUGUGCCAUUGAGCUGGCCAAGGAGGGCUGUUAUGUGGCCAUCAGCGGUCGCAACACUGCCGCCCUGGAGGAGACAUCCAAGGUGUGCCAGGAAGCAGGUCUCCCUCAAGAUAAGGUGCUGAGUUUGGUGGCAGAUCUGUGCAAGGAUGAGGACUGUGAGCGUGUGGUGUCCACUACCGUGUCUCACUUUGGACGUCUGGAUGUCUUAGUUAACAGUGCUGGCAUUCUGGUUGCCGGUGGUAUAGAGAAAGUCACAAUGGAAGAUUAUGACAAGCAGAUGAAUGUGAAUACACGGUCAGUGUUCCUGCUGAUGAAGCUGGCACUGCCUCAUCUUCUGAAAACCAAAGGAAACAUUGUUAACAUAUCCUCAAUAACUGGACUCAGAGCUUUCCCAGAAGUGGUGGCAUACAACAUGAGUAAGGCAGCGCUGGACCACCUGACACGCACAGUGGCCCUGGAGGUGGCCAACCGGGGGGUGAGGGUCAAUGCUGUCAAUCCCGGUGUCAUCAUCACUGAAGUACACAAGCGGUCCGGCAUGAACGAUGAAAGCUACGCCAAGUUUCUGGAGCACAGCAAGACAACGCAUGCCAUGGGACGCGUGGGAGAAGUCUUGGAGGUUGCACGAGCUGUGGUGUUCCUUGCCUCAGAAAAUGCCUCCUUCAUCACGGGCACCACACUACCCGUUGACGGUGGCCGCUCCAUUAUGUGCCCACGCUAACACAUUUCAAGGAUUGGUUCAUUGUUGCUUUUGGACAUUAGCCAGCACACAACCUUGCAAAGACAUCUGCUGCAAGAACAAGAUGAGGAGUGAAACUAAAGGAAUAUGUACCUGAUGUAUUACUAAUGUUGCUACACCGCCUCCACUGUGCAAUGGCUAGUGGGUUGACUAUGAAUCCUCUGGCUGUGGUUUGAUUCCAGGCUGGUUCAGUCAGUGUGCCUUUCACCCAGCUGUAAUUCUUCCCCCAGGUGGAUGGAUGAAUACCAGGUGAAGCUAGUAUCCAGUCACUGUAGAGUGCAGACCAUGUCCCUCUGCAAGAUAUUUACUAUGAUCCAACCACAACCUCAUGUGAGCAUUCAUGUGCAGCUAUAGUAUAUCCUAUGACUGUAGCUUAACUAGUAGUAGGUUAGGUUAGUCUCACAUUUAGAGGUUCUAACAAAAAAUAUUAAAAAUGUGUUUAUCACCAGGACUUCCACAUUAUAUAUAAUAUGGUAUUAUUUUUACAUAAUGAAUCAAGAUGGUGUGGUGAAUGUGCAGUACUGUUGAGUUGUGAUCAGAAAGUCAGUCAUUACAUGGUCACUUGUAAAGUUAUUUAGUCAUUACAUGGUCACUUGUAAAGUUAUUUAGGUAAAAAUGGUUGUGUGAAAUCCCAUUUGACUUACUAGUUUGUACCUUUCCUAUCUGUAGUUCAAAAAGAAAACACUUUUCAAACUGCUUAGGUAACCUAAAAAAAUUGCACUAGUUAGAUAUAAAAAUUAUAGGUACUACCCACAUCAAAAUCACUCAAAAACACCAUCCGGUGACAGUGUAUGGUGUUGAAAUAAGAAAUUAAAUAAAAACCAUUUAAGAAGA